AUGUCGUCCGACAGUGAUGCGGCCGCGGAGAUCGCUGCCUUUGUUGAGUUCUUUGACAGUCUGCAUGUCAAUGGCUCUAACACCGUACGGAUCGGAGCGCAGCUUUGUCGGGAGUUGCUGUACCUUCGCGGCCAUGAGUACGUGCUUCAAAUCCGAUGGUUCAAACCGUUCCUCGCGUACGACUACUCCCUUACGUUCGCUAAGGAGAUCGACUUGUUCUGGAUGCGCAAACCAACAGGGGCCUCCAUGCUCUUCUUCGUCAACCGAUAUGUGCCGCUCAUACUGCACGUCUAUGAGAUCGUGUCCGGUUUUGUACCUUUGGAUGACAGGAGUUGUCUAAACAACGUUCUCGCGACGCAAGCGAUCACGGUCUUUCAGUACCUCCCCUGGGCUGUGCCUGUGGCGCUUAACUUGUUUCGCGGGCCCAGAAAUCUGACCGCCGACGUCUAUCUUUGGAUCUCCCUCAGUUUCUCGAUCACAUCUCGAGGGAGUACUAUUGCGGCGGAUGCAAUUGUCAUCAUCGCCACAUGGGUUGCAACAUAUGGGACAACGAAGUUGUUCCACGAGCACGAGGUCAUGGCGCGGUCACUUUCUCACACGUUACAGCAUGAUGGAACGAUCUACUUCUUCCCUCUGAGUUAUGUUACGCUUUUCACCGAACCGGGGUUGCAAGACAGCCUUGCCACGAGUGUUGGCAUGGGUCCUGCCAAUCCGCAGGGCACGCUCCAGUUCGCCCACGUAGUCGGGUCGAUGGGCUCUGCGAUAUCGUACAGCGAGGAACCACGCAAGAUGAUCCCUCGGACGAGAUCGAGCUUGAUCCAAAAUGGCGUGAGAGCCACGUGGGAGACGGGGAAGGUGCGGGAUUCGCGUUGUGACAUGUUUUCAAGGCUGUUUGAGAGGAAUUAG